AUGAUUGAAGAGGAGAGUCUAAAUCAUCAGAGAUUCAGACCAAUGAGAGAAGAGAGGUCAAGACAUAAGGUCAAUGCAGAAAUAUGUCAGGUGGCAAAGCUUCAGCAGUCACUGACCGAAGCCACCUCUGUAUCGGCCGUACUCCGAGAGAAGUUCGCUGCCAUGACGACGACCCUGGAGAGCCGGGAGGAGUCUGAGAGGGAGGAAAGAGAGAGACUGGCGAAGAGGGCCGACGACCUCGCCCACCAGAACCAGCUGCUUCACGAGGAGGCGGGGAAACUAUCGGCACGGAUACUCACACUCCAGGAGUUGUGGGAUGAGCCCGAGACCACAACACCCUCUCCCCCCGGUUGA